GUGCGCAGGCGCAGCGACCUGAGUCCUUGGUGCGGUGGAGCAAGAUUUUGGCGGAGGUGAAAAUCCGAGGCGGCGGGGUCAUCGAAAAGAAAAAAUGCAGAGCUGGAGCCGUGUGUCCUGCGCCUUGGCCAAGAGAGGCCAUUUUAGUCGAAUGCCUCAUGGCUUACAGGGGAUUUCUGCAGUUCCUUUGAGAACAUAUGCAGAUCAACCAAUUGAUGCUGAUGUGACAGUCAUAGGUUCUGGUCCUGGAGGAUAUGUUGCUGCUAUUAAAGCUGCUCAAUUGGGUUUUAAGACAGUCUGUGUUGAAAAAAAUGAAACACUUGGUGGAACUUGUUUGAAUGUUGGCUGUAUUCCUUCUAAGGCAUUAUUGAAUAACUCAUAUUUUUAUCACUUGGCUCAUAAAGAUUUUGCCUCUAGAGGAAUUGAAAUUGCAGAAAUCCGUUUGAAUUUAGAGAAGAUGAUGGAACAGAAGAGUACUGCAGUAAAAGCUUUAACUGGUGGAAUUGCUCACUUAUUUAAGCAAAAUAAGGUCACCCGUGUGGAUGGAUUUGGAAAGAUAACGGGCAAAAAUCAGGUUACAGCAGCAAAAUCUGAUGGCAGCUUGCAGGUUAUCAAUACAAAGAACAUUCUCAUAGCCACAGGUUCUGAAGUUACUCCCUUCCCUGGAAUCACGGUUGAUGAAGAAACAAUUGUAUCAUCUACAGGUGCUUUAUGCUUAAAAAAAGUUCCAGAAAAGCUGGUUGUCAUUGGUGCAGGAGUAAUAGGUGUAGAAUUGGGUUCAGUAUGGCAACGACUUGGUGCAGAUGUGACAGCAGUCGAGUUUUUAGGACAUGUUGGUGGUAUGGGAAUUGACAUGGAAAUUUCUAAAAAUUUUCAGCGAAUCCUUCAAAAACAGGGAUUUAAGUUUAAACUAAAUACCAAAGUUACUGGGGCUACCAAAAAACCAGAUGGGAAAAUUGAUGUAGCAAUUGAAGCUGCUUCUGGUGGCAAAGCUGAAGUUCUCACUUGUGAUGUGCUCUUGGUUUGUGUUGGCCGACGACCCUUCACCAAAAAUUUGGGACUGGAAGAGCUUGGAAUUGAGCUGGAUCCCAAAGGUAGAAUCCCAGUCAAUACCAGAUUCCAAACCAAAAUUCCAAAUAUCUUUGCUAUUGGAGAUGUAAUUGCUGGCCCUAUGUUAGCUCACAAAGCAGAAGAUGAAGGUAUUAUCUGUGUUGAAGGAAUGGCUGGAGGUGCUGUACAUAUUGACUACAAUUGUGUGCCAUCAGUGAUCUAUACGCAUCCUGAAGUUGCAUGGGUUGGUAAAUCAGAAGAGCAAUUGAAAGAAGAGGGUAUUGAGUACAAAGUUGGAAAGUUUCCUUUUGCUGCCAAUAGUAGAGCUAAGACUAAUGCUGACACAGAUGGCAUGGUAAAGAUCCUUGGUCACAAAUCAACAGACAGAAUACUGGGAGCACAUAUUCUAGGAUCGGGUGCUGGAGAAAUGGUAAAUGAAGCUGCCCUUGCCUUGGAAUAUGGAGCAUCCUGUGAAGAUGUUGCAAGAGUUUGUCAUGCCCAUCCGACUGUAUCUGAAGCUUUCAGGGAAGCAAAUCUAGCUGCAUCUUUUGGCAAAGCAAUCAACUUUUAAAAUGAAAUGUACUUCUCUUCUGAAAUAUCUGAGACUUUCGUGGAAGGCUUCUAAUGUAGAAGACUCACAGCUCUGAGACUUUUUAGGACUGAAUUAAGUCAUGUCUUUGUUCAGACAGUAAAUAUUUAAUAAACGGGUUUGGAUGAAGCGAAACGAUCCCACAACUAUAUUAAAUAAAUUUAAUAAUCAUUCA